CUCUCAUCAGGCCCCGCGGCAGGGCCGGGCGGCGCGGCGAUGGCGGCGGAGUGGAGCGCCGUGGUGCUGACUUGCCGGCGUGGCGGCGGCGAGCGCGCCCUGCAGCGAGAGCUGGAGUCGCGGCGGCCGAGGGGCGGCCUGGGCCCGCUCCCCCCCGCGCUGCUGCUGGCGAUCGAGGACCCCUGGGCCGGCCUGGGCAGCGGCGGCGCCACCCUCAACGCCCUCCUCGUGGCGGCAGAGAGGCUCAGCGCCAGCGCCGGCUGCACGGUGGUGACUGCUGAUGUGCUGAGGGAUGCCCGCAUCCUCAUUCUGCACAUGGGGCGCGACUUCUCAUUUGAUGACUGUGGCCGGGCCUUUACCUGCCUGCCGGUGCAGGAGCCUGGUGCCCCGGCCGAAGCUCUGGUCUGCAACCUGGACAGCCUGCUGGGGACCAUGACGCACCGGCUCUGUGUGGGCUCCCCACCUGGCGUGUGGGUCUGCAGCACUGACAUGCUCCUCACUGUGCCCUCAACACCAGGGAUUGACUGGGAUGGCUUCCAGGGUGUCAAAGUGAUUGCAGUGCCUGGGAGCCAGGCCUAUGCCAGGAACCAUGGGGUCUACCUCACCGAUGAUCAGGGGCUGGUGCGCAACAUCAUCUACAAAGGCACAGAGGCCCAAAUCCAGAAGUGUGCAGGGCCUGAUGGCACUGUCCCACUGGUUUGCGGGGUGGUUUUCUUCUCCUCGAAUGCUGCUGAGCAGCUUCUGGCCACCCAUGUCAUCCCUCCGCUGGACGCCUGCACCUACAUGGGGCUGGACUCGGGAGCACCACCCAUCCAGCUCUCGCUCUUCUUUGACAUCGUGCUGUGCAUGGCAGGGGCGAUGACGGAGGAGGAGUUCGUGAAGAGUGGCGGUGACGCCACCGUGAGGAGUGCCCGCUCUGUGCUGUGGGCAGCGCUCCGUGCCUUCCCUCUGAGCAUGGCCUGCAUUCCCAGUGCAUCCUAUGACUACAUGACCACCUCUGCGACUGACCACAUCCGCAGCCUGACGCUCCUGCCUGGCUCUGCCAGCCACCUCCGCUUCUGCAAAACAGCUCAUUCCCAUGUGGAUCAGCCCUGUCUCCUGGAGGAUGGCUCUUCGGUCACUAACUGCCUGCUGGAAGGAGCCGUGCGGCUAGCAGCUGGUAGUGUCAUCCAGCACUGUCACCUCCAGGGUCCGCUGGAGAUUGGGCCUGGCUGCCUCCUCUCGGGCCUCACUCCGGGCUGCUCGCCAGCCCUGCAGGGCUGUCCCCUGCGCAAUGUUGUCCUGCAGGGCCACCAUGUCCGGCUGCACAACCUGUCCUGUCGCGUGUUCACUCUCACCGGCCGCCUCGAUGACUGGCAGAGUCCCGUUGAUGAGGCCACCUACCUGAACGUGCCCUGGGUGGAGUUUUUCCAUCAGACAGGCAUACGGGAAGGGGACCUUUGGGACGCUGAAACGCCUCGGAGGAGUCGCUGUUUGCUCAACGCCCGGCUCUUCCCAGUGCUGCAUGCCUGCGAGGCGCUGGGACUGGAGGAUGUGCUGUGGCUGCUGGCACCGGCAGCAGUGGCCAGCGAGCGACUGGCACGUUGGCGAGCAGCCUGGCGUAUGUCCUGGCAGGAACUGCUGCCCUGCCUGGACAGGGAGGCCGAGCUGGGCGCCCGCCGGGCCCUCUUCUUCCUGCAGGGCCAGCAUAAGGUGCGGCGGGUGCUGCUGGGGCGCCAGGACAGCAGCCUCCUGCCACUCACCCGCAGUGCUGUCCACGAGGGCUACCACGAGGCUAUGCUGGGCACACUGGAUGAGGUUGCCUCUACAGCUGGCGAUGCUGGCAUUGCAGCACGGGCACUUGCCUGCAUCGCCGAGGUCCUGGGCUGCAUGGCACGAGGGGAAGGGGGUUUGCGGAGUGGGCCCGCUGCCAACAGGGAAUGGGCCUCAGCUUUUGGGCGCCUGGAGAGCGGGGAUGUUGCUGGUGGUGUCCAGGAACUGGCCACCGAGAGGCAGAAGUGGAUGAGCAGCCCGGCUCUGCUGGUGAGAGCAGCUCGGCAUUACGAGGGGGCCGAGCAGAUCCUCGUGCGGCAGGCGGUGAUGUCCUCAUGCCAGUUUAUCACUGUGGGGCCAGCAGAGCUGCCCCCCUUGGGGCACUGGGUGCAGGUCGUGUGUCCAGCCCGCCUGGACCUCUCUGGGGGCUGGAGUGACACCCCUCCCAUCACGUACGAGCACGGCGGGGCAGUGGUGGACGUGGCAGUGCUGGUGGAUGGGUGCCGGCCCAUCGGUGCCCGGGUGAGGCGCAUCAGCGAGCCAGAGCUUCGCCUUGUCAGCCUCGGUGGGACGCCACAGAGCAAGGUAGUGGCGGAGCUGGUGUGCCGGGAGCUGGAACACUUGAAGGAUUACUGCCAGCCGCAUGCACCAGGAGCACUACUCAAAGCUGCCUUCAUCUGCACCCAGAUUGUGCAGUUCCCUUCGCAGAAACCCCUGCGUGAACAGCUAAUGGAGAGCUUUGGGGGCGGGUUUGAGGUGCACACCUGGUCCAAGCUGCCCCACGGGUCUGGCCUUGGUAAGUCUGCAGGGAAAGGGCUGACAAGUACCUCACUGGUGCUGGGAAGUCUUGCCUGCUGCAAGCACUGGGAUGGAUGGAUGGAUGGCUUCCACAGGCACGUGCUCUGCCUCGCUGCCCUGGCUCUGCCUCUGCUCUUUGCAGGCACCAGCAGCAUCCUGGCGGGAGCGGUGAUGGCAUCGCUGUACCGGGCAGCCGGGAAGGCUGCCAGCACCGAGUCCCUCGUCCACGCUGUGCUGCACCUGGAGCAGAGGCUCACAACAGGUGGCGGUUGGCAGGAUCAGGUCGGCGGGCUCAUUCCUGGCAUCAAAAUCGGGAGGUCGAAGGCCCAGCUACCACUCAGGGUGGAGGUGGAGAAGAUCCCAGUGCCCGAUGAUUUUACCCAGACUCUCAACAAUCAUUUAUUGCUGGUGUACACAGGGAAAACUCGCCUGGCCCGCAACCUGCUCCAGGAUGUGGUGAGGAACUGGUAUGCCAGGCUGCCCUCCAUCGUGCAAAAUGCUGAUGCGCUGGUGAGCAACGCUGAGGAGUGUGCCCAGGCCUUGAGGCAAGGUAACCUGCUGCUCGUCGGCGAGUGCCUGGACCGCUACUGGCAGCAGAAGAAAUGCAUGGCCCCUGGGUGCGAGCCGCUGGCUGUCGGGCGCAUGAUGGAUGCUCUCCAGCCAUACGUCUACGGGCAGUGCUUGGCUGGGGCUGGUGGAGGUGGCUUUCUUUAUGUAUUAACCAAAGCCCCUUGGCAGAAAGAAGCUUUGCACCAAAUUCUGGCACAAACCGAGGGACUGGGCAACUUCAGCAUCCACAGCAUCGAAGUGGACACAGAUGGUUUCUCUGUGGAGGUCAUGGAAUGCAAUCCAAAGGACAGUGCUCAUCCCGGAGAAGUUGUGGCUGUGUGAAAGCCUUCAGCCCUGAAGGGCUGGCAGAUACGCAGGGCAGGGCCCAGCCAGCUGCCUUCCAAAGCUGAGACAUCCCUGCUGCUCCAGAGGCAGCUCCUUCAGCCGGCUCCAGCAGGUGCCUUAGGUCUUGCUGUAGCCUUUUUGUGCUGCUGCUUGCCACAAAAGCCACAGGGGCUAGAGAAGCUGUGGCAAGCUGGGCAGGCAAAACCAUCCCCAAAGAGUGGCCUGCUGGACAGACAGUCUGCUAGGGCCCCAAGCCAAUUUUAGGGUUUCACUCCCAUUUUCACGGUUCUUCAAAGGGGAAAGAAUCACAGCACUCGUGGUUCUGCCUCUAGCAGGAGCCUUCCUGCUCUGCUUGUUUGGCAUGGAAUGCUCCUACACCAAGACUGCCCCAGAGAUGGAAUCGAGUCCCUGUCCUGUGCUGAGCGACUUUCUACAAAGGAUGGCGGCUCUUCUUGCCAGGCUCGGAAAAGCCCUUUCCUCCAAGGAACACGAGCAGAAGGGCAGACAUCACCCCAUCCCCACACUGCAGCCUUCCCGCUGUCACCUCCGGUGUGUGCUGAGCCAAGCACUGU